GCGGCUCUCGCUGUCCCGGGGCGGGCCGGAGGAUGUGGUGCGGGGCCGGCGGCGCGGGGCGAGGACUGUAGACUCAAUGCAUGGGCCUUUUCCUUUCUUUGCAUCCAAUUUGAUGAACACUUCAUUAUUUCUAUGGUCUGGGUCACUUCAUGCCUGCAGGCUCUCUUCAGAAAAAGAAGCUGGCAAAGAGACCAGGAUACAUGAGACCAGCAGAAGCUCAGCAACAGAUAGAGUUUCAGCCUCCUGCUGACUGCCAACCAUUCAACCCAAAGGGGCUUAAACAUGGCAGUAAACCUUGUGAGGACUUCAAGAAUUGCUGUCUGCACAGACGAGGCAAAAAUGACUUUGAAUUCUCACAUUGUAAUUCAUCUGUAAACAGCACCAUAGUUACCACCAGUGUGGUAAUGUCAUCAACCACUGCUGGAAAUACACCAGGGAGCGGCAGAAAUCUAUCAGAUCGCAGGAGUCAGCACUCAGAAAACGUAAUUAUGCCGGUUUGCCCUGGAGCUGCCAUAUGCAAAGGAGACUUCUCACCUGUAUGCACUUCAGCUACAUGGCACACUGACUUACUAACAACUGCACGGCAGACAAGCCGCAGUGGGAGAGUAGAGGACCUGCAAAAAAUGUCCACUGUCAAACAGAAGGAAGUGAACAAUCACUGUGAACAUGAAAACAAAGAAGUCCCUUCUCACUCUCCCAUUUCUCAAGAUAGCUUUAAUUCAAAUUUUAGCUUCAUACAGCUCUCUCUGAACUCAAGUUAUGGAAGAAAUACCACCAAAAGCCAGUCAGAUGGCAGGGGAGCUGAAUGUGUUCUACAAACAAAUGUAACAGGAGAAAUAGAAAAAAUGAAUCUGGGCGAAAUGGGAGAGAGAGGAAGAAAUUCUCAUAAGGACCUGGGGGCUUCAUCUUGCCUCUGUAGGCAUAGUGAGGAUUAUAAGCAUGCAAGAGAGACCAUUUGGAACGAUAAACUGCAGGAUUGUGAGACAGUAUCUCUUUCAGAUACAGAUGCAACAUUUUCAUGUUCCACAGAUUCUUCAGAUGCAGCAUCUGCUGGUUCUUCUGUUACCUCAGGCUAUGAAAGUAGCUUUACUAUUAGUGAUCACAACUGGGACACCCUGAUGAGGAAAUAUGAGCCUGUGCUCCUGGACUCUUUACUUGGCAACCGUAGUACAUUAAAGAUAAAAGCCUUAAUGUUAAGGCUUCAGAGGCUACAAGAAAAAGCAGUAGAGGAAGAUGAUUAUGAUAAAGCGGAUAAAUUUAAAAAGAAACUGGAAGAACUGGAGAGAGAGAAGAAUUCUUUAAAAUUUCAGCUUCCUUCAAGUCAUCCUUCAAUUAGCAGCUUCUUGGGCAGAUUUCGUGUGCAAGUUCAAGCAGCACUGUCCUGGGCUGCAGAUCGAGGUAGAAGUGAAGAAAUGCAACUCUGGCAAGAAAAUGAACAGAAACUUCUGAGUCCUGCUUACCAUGAGAGGAUACAGAUUUCAACUGCAAAGAGAGACCAACUUCUUCAAGAAAAGACAUGGUUACAGAAAGAAACUGAAGACCUCAGAGCAAGGCUGACUGUGCUAGAAGCAAGGGAUCAACAAUUAAGAAGAGAAAUUGAAGCUCAAGAUAGGUUUAUUCAGUUGCAGGACUGUGAACUGCCUGCCUGCCUUGGCUUUGUAAGUCUGAGAGAGCUGCAAGAAAUAAGCAAGGCUUUGGAUGAUACUUUAGGUUCAUCAUGUCAAAUUCCAUUUAGUUUGGACCUCCCAGGAACCAUAAAGAGCCUUCAGGAAAAAGAACAGUCACUCGGCAUGUCCAUUAAAGAAACUGCUGCCAAAGUUUGUACCAGUCAGAAACUCUGCAGUACUUUGAGGAGGAAAGUGAGUGAUAUUGAAACCCAACUACCAGCUCUACUUGAAGCCAAAAUGCUUGCUGUGUCAGGACGUAAUUUCUGUACUGCUAAGGAUCUUGUAGAAGAAAUUAGAUCAUUAACAUCUGAGAAAGAAGGGCUGGAGGGACUUCUCCAAGAGCUCUUGGUACUGAGUGCCAGAAAUGUCCGAAAAUUAGAGAGAAUUAAAGAAGAUUACAACAGACUGAAACAAGAACUGGAGCAGGGGGAGUCUGCCUUUGAGGCAAAUGUGAAAGAAAAUGCUGUGAAAUACAUGGACAUGCUGGAGGACAAACUUCACAGCUGUGGGAGCCAGCUGCUCCAGAGAGUGUGGGAAGCUGACUUGGAGGCCUGUCAGCUGUUGAUCCGAGGGUUUCAGCUGAAAGAAGCUGGUUGCUGUGUUUCUGAGGAAGACAAGAACCAAGCAGAUGAGAUGGAGGCUGCGGCUGAUAGCUGCUUGGAUCCUGAAAAAGGAAAAGAAAAUCACAUCCCAAAGGGCACAGAGUGGGGCACUGCCCCAUGCCCCAAACCCUGUAUGCUGAAAAAGGUUGUGGAGGAUAUUUCAUUUGGUGCAGAAGAUCAUUUGUCUGAGGAAUUCUAUAUACUUUCUGCAGAGCUGGGAGAAAAAUGUGAAGCAAUAAGUGAGAAAUUGGUGUACUUAGAAGGCCAACUUCAGACUGCAAUUUGCAACAUUGAUGAAGGACUUAUUCAUAUCCUUUUUCUACAUAGAUUAACUGUUUAUUUUCUUCCAGCUUCAAGUGGAACAUGUGGUCUUGCUGUAUUAAGAAAACUGGAAAUCAGUGAAUGUAGCUAAGAUGACAAGGUUCCUUGGGUGAAUCUGAUAUUUUUUAUUAGACCAACUUAAAUAGCUGGAAAACAAUUUUUAAGCAAGCUUUUGUGUUCAAAAACCCUUUGUCAGGCUAAGGAAGUUUCAGCAGUUGGUGUGUGCUCUUCCUGGAUGGGAUGAAAAGUAAAGAAGCCAGAGGCUGGGCUGGUAUGCGUACAAGAUAGGCAGUCAGUGAAGAUGUAGACUGAGAAGUCAAUGGGUGAGAGACGUGC